AAGCAGUUCGUCGCCAUGAUUUUCGUGCAUGGUGAUAAUGGAAUCGUCGUACAAUUGCUCAGGGUAAGGGCUCGGAAGUGGCCAGUUUAUCCUGUGCAGCCUGUGAGAAGAAAUACACACACUAUGACCAGCAAUUUCUACCAGAAAUGGGCAUUACACACACCUGUUCCUCAGGGACCCCAUGUUGUUGGGUGUGCAGAUAUCCUGGUAGGUAAAACUGCCGAGGGAACUUUGAUGAGACUCUUUUAUCCAUCCAAAGUAAAAGACCUUAUGAGUCAGAAAGAGAACUGGACACCUUGGCACCUUGGAGAUGAGUAUACAAGAGGACUGGCUACCUUCAUUGCUCCUGCCAUACCUUCUCUCUUUAGCAUGCUAUUCAACUGGCAAACAGGAAAUGCAACAACAGCAGCUGUUUGGGAACCUCCUAUGGCUGAGGGUAAAUUUCCCAUUGUGGUGUUUGCCCAUGGCCUAGGUGCCAAUCGCUCCAUCUACAGCACUGUUUGUAGUGAACUUGCUUCACAUGGCUUUGCGGUAGCAGCUAUAGAGCACAGAGACAGUUCUGCAUGUGCAUCAUUCACAAUCGAUGACAAAGGAGAGAAGGAAUUCAUUCUCUUCAAAGCACUUACUCCAGGAACUAAGGAAUAUGAACUCAGGAACAGCCAGCUAAAAGUGCGGGUAAAAGAAGGCAUCAGAGCACUAGAUGUCUUGGAAAAGCUCAACAGUGGGGGUGUAAAAAAUGACCUGCCCUCCACAUUUGACCUGGAGCAGCUUGUUGGUCGUCUUGACCUUUCCAAGCCCAUUAUGGCAGGGCAUUCCUUUGGGGGUGCAACAACGCUUUGCAUUCUGGCGGAGGACAAAAGAUUCACAAUGGGAGUUGCUCUAGACCCAUGGAUGUUCCCUAUCAAAGUAGAAAUUGACACUUUAGCAUCAAAGAUAAAGCAGCCUUUGCUCUGCAUUAACACUGAGGCUUUCCAGGCUGAAGCCAACAUGAAUGCUAUGAGGAAGCUCAAUGGUGACACAACAACUUUUGUAACGAUAAAGGGAACGGUACACCAGAACCAGUGUGACACCCCAUACCUGGUAGGUCCCAUCGGUCGCAUCUUUGCCGGGGCUUCCUCCCCUCUUGACCCCCUAAUGGCCAACGAUAUCAACAACAGAAUAAUGAUAAAUUACAUCUGCCAGCAGCUUGGAAUCAGACUAGAACUUCAGAAAAGAUGUGAGGCUUUCCUGUCUGAGAGAGAGAGUUCCAUUGUAUAUGGUCUGUAUGUAAAGAGACGUAUUUUGCAGUCAAAGCUGUAAAUUGUUAUGGAGACUGAAGGACUGUCAAAACCAGAUAUUUUAUGGUUAUUGCUAUUUUUUUUAUUUUUUUUAUUUUUGAGCUUUCAAAAUAAAUUACUUGAAGGAGAAUUGUUUGCUGUUGAAUCUUUCAAAACUAUUAUAAGUAUUAGGAAAUGAUAGUUUAAAAUAGUUUUUUAAUUUGUCUUGUUGUUCUUUGUGAGAAUCCUUUAAAAAUAUUUGCAGUUGUUUUCUUUAAUGUCUAAGAGAGAGAGAGAAAAAAAAAAAAUUCUGGGCAUUAGUGACCAAAUGAGCAUUCAAACUUUUUAACAUCAUACAUGAUGUGCUGAUUGUGAGUUUAGUUAAUUAAUUGUGUUCACGCAAGUGCUUAGUACCCAAGAAGUUAUUCACUAGUUCUAGAUAUAUCAACUGUUUACCCUUUUCCAUGAUUUCCAGAAAUAUUUGUUUUUAUUUUAUAUUACUAUAAUAGUAAUGAUAAUAACAGUAUGAAUGGAAAAAAAUCCUGAAAGGAAAGAAGAAAUCUGAUGAAGUCACUAAUACAAAACAAAACAACAGUGAACAUUACAUGUUUCUUGUGGCAUUGAAUAAAACAAUUUUACUGGUGCUUUUAUGUGCAUUUGGUAUGAUGUUCCUUAUAUACUUGUAUGAAAAGGAGGGUAAGUGUUUGUGUAAUAUAUUAGUUUCUUUUUUUAAUAUAGAUUUUAGAUUACAAAUGUUACAUUGUAUAUGAAGAAUAAUUUCUGUA